AUUGGGCAGGACUGCCAGGUUUUCAAAUUGAAACCUAAAGUUGACGGAGGAAAAAGGAGCAGGCAAUAAAACUUGCUCAUGAGAAGAGACGAAAACACAAGUGUUACCCGCGAAUUCUUUGGCACCAAAUAUUGAAACCUACUGACCAGAAGCAAGCAAACAAUUCUACUUUCCAAACAUCAAUUCGAGAUGAUAAAAUAUUCGAGCUCUACGAUAAUCAUUGGCUGAUUCGAUUGGGAGAAAUUUGAAAGUUCUAAUUUAAAUUCGGGGAAAGUGUUUUCGUGGAAUGCAACUUCGAAUUACGUUAAACUUCAGGUCGGGCCAGGAGGGUUUUCGGCGAAGCCCCUUGUCAGAAAGCCAUGGAUGAAGAGGCGAGUUAAGUUUCAAAACUUUAAUGCAAUUAUGGCUAGCUUAAUGAAUGACUCCUGUUAUAGCGUUAAUUGCGUGGGCUUUGCUUUGUUUUCCGUUUUCCCUUGAUAAAUUAUCAGAGCCAGUAUAUUGAGAUGUGCAACUAUUGAAGAAAUUGAAGUUGAGAAGUCUUUUGAUAGAGAAAGAUGCUGUAAGUAUCUGAAUUGUAUAUGAUGUGCAGCUUUUAUUGUCAUAAAUGUGCAUAAAUUGUAUAUGAUUUAGAGCUAAAACAUAGUAUCUGAAUUGUUGAAGUCUGUUUACGAUUUAGAGCUUUUACAUUGUAUCUGAAUUAAUAAAUGUGCAUAAAUUGUAUAUGAUUUAGAGCUAAAACAUAGUAUCUGAAUUGUUGAAGUCUGUUUACGAUUUAGAGCUUUUACAUUGUAUCUGAAUUACUGAGGCAUAGCAUCAGUUGCAAUGCACAUUGUACCACUGAUAUCCUUUUCCUUAUGAUUUUGUUCCAUAUAAUGUUGAUUGCAGUUUAUAAUAAGGUAAGGGUUGUUAAGUCCUUUUCUCUUUGCUUGAUGAUAAAUUUCACCUGCAAAAAGGGAUUUGAAAAGUCCAAUAUUCAUUGUUGUGACCGCUUUGAAUGGAAAUUGUGGGUGGUGAUGGCAGCAUUAAGCUUAUGUGGAUAGUAAGGAAAGAGUGGAGUUGGAUAGAAAAUUAAGGGAGAAAUGUGGAUAGUAAGGAAAGAGUGGAGCUGGAAAUCGGGGAUAUGAUGCUAAUUGAGACUCCAGAGUAGGCCUUGAUGGGAUCUUGUGUUCUGGUGAUGGCGAUGAAGGGUGCUGAUGUUUACUUAAUGAAUGUUGGGGAUAGUCGAACAGCUUUAGCGAGAAAGACACAAAACAAUGGGAGGCCGAUGAAGGAUUCAAAUGAAAUACUUUAUGGCGAUGAAUUUGAGAAUGUACAUAAUUUGAGUUCUUGUCAGCUCACAAUGGAUCAUAGUACAUCUGUUAAAGAGGAAAGCUCAAGCGAAAGAGUCUUUAGGACCGAGAUGAAGAUUUAUAUGCUUUAAUUCGAAUGCUGUUCUUCGGUCAUCAACAACAGCCCGUCAAUUUUUGUUUAAGCAUCAAUGUAUAACAAUGUUGCCAAUGUUGUCAAUUUUUGCACCAAUUUUUGCUUCAGUGUAUAACAAUGUAUCAUCAUCAGCAGCACAUCAUUUAGGAAAUGGAAGCAUCUUGUCAAUUUUUUGCACCAAUUGUUGUUUAACUCAAGAUGAUGUUGUAUAACAAUGUAUAAGCAUCAAUAAAGGCAAUUGGUGAACUGGAAACAACAUGUUUUCAAUCACAUUGACA